UGGGAAAAAUAGUGGAGUUGUUCAAAGGGAAGGACGGCGAAUGCAGAUCAGCUAUUGUCCAGACCAGUAAAGGACUUUUACCCCGCCCAGUACAGCGUCUCUAUCCUUUGGAGGUGCCCCAUGGAGACUCCGACCGAACCGAUCCAGGGUUGCAGAAAUCUCACUAGUCGUCCACAAAUCUCAUCUCAGUGAGAAAUAGUGAGAUUUAUGAGAAAUAGUGAGAUUUAUGAGAAAUAUGAGAUUUAUGAGAUUUAUUCCACCUCCAUCUUGCGGACAAAACCACGGCUAAGGAAAAGAGCAUAUAAUCAAAAUUCUCUCUGCACAGGUCAUCAAUACUUUUAAAAUAAAAAUUUAUUUGGUAAUUCAAUAGCUAAAGAAUAUCGAAACAAGCUAUUAAAACAAGUUAAUUCGAGCCAGACAGCAUGGCUAGACGAAAAAGAAACAAUUCUGUAGUUUUUAAAUUCGGGACGGUGGAGAAAAUGACUGCAUCCCAGGAGCAAGGAAUUUUGGAUAUUUUAGGUAUGGUAAUAUAUUAUUUAUAAUUAAUGCGUUCGUUAAUAUACUGACCUUUUUAAUUAAAGCAGAGGAAGAAGAAUCAGCAGGCGGAAACCAGAUCACACAUGAAAACAUCGAGAAAAACAGUAAUCAAACGUUUGAAGGUUUGCAAAAUGGUGAGGAUUAGUUUGGCUAAUUACUAUUUUUGAUGAGCAAAGCUGACUUUUGUGCACCUUGUGACAUAUGUACAGCUCGAGGUAUAAUAUAUUUUUUUCUAUGACCAGAACCAAGCGAUAUCAAAGGAAACCUUAUUGAUCAAGUUACUGUCGCUGUUAAUCCUGCUCAAAUAGCUCGAUUCUUGCCCUGCAUGAGCCCUGGCAGAAUGAUCACAGAAGACGAUGAGAUUCUGAGCGAAUGGACACUAGAACAAUUAGAUACAGGGGCGCCCGAGCGACAAAUUCCGGUCGUGGCUAGCACUCAAGGUCAGGCGAAAUCAGCAAAUCAGCAGAAACUACCAGGGAAGCCUCGAAGCAAUGUUUGGGAAAACUUCGAUAGUGUGUUCGAUGCUAAUGGAAAGCCUGAUCGAAGUUCAAUGUCGACAUGCAAAAAGUGUGGUCAGAAAGUGAGCUCUCAAGCCGACCGAUUAAAUAAACAUUUAUCUUCCUGUAAAGCAUUACGACAAAACAAAGCCGGGACCUCAGCGCAAAUGCCGUUUUUAAGCGAUCAAAUGCCUGAGUCCAAAGGAGGAGCACAAUCAAACUUGCGCAAAUAUUUCAAAUCCGUUAAUGCAACUGAGAAGAAUAAGCUCGACUUCAAGCUCGGAAGUUUUAUUUUCGCCUCAAAUUUACCCUUUAACGUGGUCUCUCAUCCACAAUUUAAAGAAUUUGUUGCGUCGCUAAACCCAGCGUAUAAUAUUCCGUCCAGGGAAACAGUUCGAACGACGAUUUUGGAUACUCACUAUCAACGAGUUCUGGAGUUGCGGAAAUCCGAAAUUGAACAUAAGGUUGGUGUUUUAUUGCAAGACGGCUGGUCCACGAAUCAAAAUAAGCCUGUACUCUCACACUGCCUUGCCACGCCAUCGGGAUCGUACUUCCUAUCCGCCGAAAGUACUGGAGCCGAAAAAAAAGACAGUGAAACAUGUUUCAAGUAUCUCCAGAAGGCUAUUGAUUAUUGCACAGAAUCACUUAAUUGCUCAGUCGUUGGAAUUGUAACUGAUAAUUGUUCUACAAUGACGGCAAUGCAGACGUUAAUUCGUAAAGAUUAUCCACAUAUGGAAGUUUAUGGAUGCAACGCGCACCUUUUCAAUCUUAUCGGAGAGAAAUUUACGGACAAAGAUCUUGCUGAGAAAAUACGACAUGUUCAGACCUACAUUCGAAACCAUCACUUUACGAGUGGCCGAUUGGACGAGAUGGGAGGUAAACGACCGGUUCUUCCCAGAACUACCCGCUGGAACUCCCAAAUUGACUCUUUUUUAAAUUAUCUGGAAAACCACAGUAAAUAUUUGGGCAUUGUUCGUGAGUUAUGCAAGGAUAAAGAUCAUCGUGGGAAAGAAAGCUUCCAAAAAUUGAAAGAGGUCGUUGAAGAUAACUCGGUUUAUAACAAUGUAGAAGAUGCGGUAAAACUGUUGCAGCCUAUUUGUGUAGCACUUGACGAGAUGCAGAAAGAACAUUCCACGCUCGCAGAUGCGGCUGAAAUGUGGAUUACGCUUUGCUGCAGUCUUCCGCGAAGAAUCACAACUAACGAGUAUUUUUUGAAGCAAAAGAAACUUGGUCUUACACAGACCGCAAUCGCGGCACAUAUCUUGCAUCCUAAGUACAAAGUUUUAGGCUCACGUUUGACAUCGGAGCAAAGAGAAUCAGGACUGUCUUGGAUAUCUGAUAAAAAUCCAAAUUUUUUAGUCCCAGCCGCCGCCUUAAACGAAGAAGCAUCUGAAUUCUUUUACAAGCAAUACCAAAAUGACUCAAUUUCUGCACAAAUGACGGCAAUAUCAUGGUGGAAGGCUGCAUCAAAGGACUCUGUCCGAAAGGAGAUGCUUGACAUGGUGAUGAAAUUGUUUGCUCUACCAGCUAGUACAGGUGCAAUCGAAAGAAAUUUUUAGACCUUGGGUCAGAUUAUGUCUGACCAAAGGAACCAAAUCUCUGUUGAAACGGCCAGUAAACUGUGUGCAAUAAAUAACCAUUAUAAAAUGCAAAACGAAUUAGCAGGAAAACGACAACCAAAAAAACGAAAUUUUAGUCAAGUAGAAUGAAUAUGCAAAUGUCACUCUUGUGCACAAAAGCUAUUCCGGGAUUUUUUGUUACAAUAAAUUUAAAAAUAAAUUACAAGACGUUGAAUUACUCAUU